AUGGCCUUUUCAAUGAGCCCAAGGAGGGAUUCAAGACUACAUUGCCAUAAAACUGUACUGGGAUCUUUGGUUCAUGAAAACUGUACGCACCUAUCAAAAUCAGAUUUCAUUGUGAUACUUAAUUGCUUCUCCACUUUAUUUGAGUUAGAUCUAUCAAGGAGUGAUGUUGUUAGUGUGCCUGCUUGCAUCAAAAGAUUUGUUAGUUUGUGCUUUCUUACAUUGGUGGAUUGCAAGCAACUUCAAGUAGAUCUUCCACCAAAUAUAGAACAUAUAUCUGCUAAAGGAUGUAUUUCAUUGGAAAGUUUUCCAGAAGUAUCAAAAGAAUAUCAAUUCCAUACAAGCGAGUUACGAGCGUUGUAUUGGAUUGACUUGUCCAAAUGCUAUAAAAUGCAUUUGAAUAUACGGGAUAUGGUGGCAAAUUCUUUAUUGGGUAAGGUACAUUUUAAGAGAGAAUUUGGGGACUAUUUUGGUGGUGGAAUUUCAUUUCCGGGAAAUACAAUACCGGACUCGUUCAGCCAUCUCAAGGAGACUUCAUAUGGUACCACAUGUGAAAUAGAUAUUAACGGGCUCCCGCCAUUAGAUGAGAUCAAAGGAAUUGUUUUUUGUGCUGUUAUUGGACCCAUUUUUGGGAUCCCCCCAGACACAACCCAUGCUCCUGGUGAUUUUACGAUCAGAAAUAAAGAUAUAGGAAUUGAUGAUAGACACAGAUUUUGAGUUACUGGGCUCAGAUCAUGUAUGGCUGGAGUACUUCGUCCUAGAAUCUUCUGAGCUUAAGGGGGACAGUCUUCAAGUUGAGUUUUCUAUGAUUCCAUAUUCACUCUUCAUUCCAAGUUGUGGAGUUCAUGUGAUACAUAAGUAUGAAGAGAAUGCGAAAGAUCAUCCAGGUGUGAUCCUCGUGGAUUUUAAUUUCCGUUUUUAUGACCCCAAUUUAGAAUUUGAAAAUUCAGAUGUUCAACCGAAGUGGAUGAACUUGAAGACUAUGAAUUCAGUAGAAUUGAAGGAAUAUUACAUAGAAUUCAAUCAUCUUAGAGGCGCCGCAGUGAUGAUGAUGAUUGCAACUUGGAAUCUAGUUUUCACCCGCAACAGAAGAGGCGUUCUUCAACCUUGGGCGAAUCACAACUAGAUCCCCUUAUUUAUGCUUGAUAGUUUUUUUUGUUAUGGGUUAGCU